CUCCAGUAGGCUCCGCCGAGCGAUGCGAGCUCUGGGAGACCACAACGCCGCCUCCCGCUAGAGACCUGCCCCCCCAGCCCGGCCCCCCGGCCCGGCCCCCUGCCCAGCCCUGCCUUGCGCGCGGGGGUCGGCGAAGGCGCCGCGGACGCACCGACGGCGGAGGACCCGCGAUGCACACGCACUAGCAGCACCCCCUAACUCACUCCCUCCACACCCCGCGCCGCCGCCGCCGCCGCCUCCGCCUCCGCCGCCUCCGCCUCCGCCUCCUCCGCCUCCGGCAGCCGCGGCAGAAGGACCCACCCUGCCCCCCACCCCACCCUGCCCUCCGCCGGCUCCGGCUGCGGAUCUAGCCUUCGACUCCUAUUUUAUUUAUUUUGGGUCGUGCACCAGCCUCAGUGCCUGCAGCCCCGCGCCUCCCUGGGCCCGCGGGCGCCUCCUCCCUCGACUCCGGAGCCCCUGACCCCGGCCACUCUCGCCUCGACAUCCCCAGACCCCCCCCCCCCGCCAGCUGCCGCCAGUCUCCCCUGCUGGAAUCUUGUGAACGGCUGUCUUUUUUGGGGGGUUCUGGUCUUUCGACGUUUUUGUUCCCAGCCAAGGAGAGGAUAUCGUGAUUUUUUUCCCCCUUUGAGCCCAGGCUCUGCUCUCUGGGGGGGUGGGGGGCGCGCCAAGCCGGGGAGCCGUGCCAGCCGAGUAGUGCGGGCUGUGGCAAGGAAGGGGCCACCAUGGGAUGUACUCUGAGCGCUGAGGAGAGAGCCGCCCUCGAGCGGAGCAAGGCGAUUGAGAAAAACCUCAAAGAAGAUGGCAUCAGCGCCGCCAAAGACGUGAAAUUACUCCUGCUGGGGGCUGGAGAAUCAGGAAAAAGCACCAUUGUGAAGCAGAUGAAGAUCAUCCAUGAAGAUGGCUUCUCUGGAGAAGACGUGAAGCAGUACAAGCCUGUUGUCUACAGCAACACCAUCCAGUCUCUGGCAGCCAUUGUCCGGGCUAUGGACACUUUGGGCGUGGAAUAUGGUGACAAGGAGAGAAAGGCCGACUCCAAGAUGGUUUGUGACGUGGUGAGUCGCAUGGAAGACACUGAGCCCUUCUCCACAGAGCUGCUUUCUGCCAUGAUGAGACUCUGGGGUGACUCAGGGAUCCAGGAGUGCUUCAACCGGUCUCGGGAGUAUCAGCUCAACGAUUCUGCCAAAUACUACCUGGACAGCCUGGAUCGGAUUGGGGCUGCCGACUACCAGCCCACCGAGCAGGACAUCCUCCGAACCAGGGUCAAAACCACCGGCAUCGUAGAAACGCACUUCACAUUCAAGAACCUCCACUUCAGGCUGUUCGACGUGGGGGGCCAGCGAUCUGAACGCAAGAAGUGGAUCCACUGCUUUGAGGACGUCACGGCCAUCAUCUUCUGUGUCGCGCUCAGCGGCUAUGACCAGGUGCUCCAUGAAGAUGAAACCACGAACCGUAUGCAUGAAUCCCUGAAGCUUUUCGACAGCAUCUGCAACAACAAGUGGUUCACAGACACGUCCAUCAUCCUGUUCCUCAACAAGAAGGACAUAUUUGAAGAGAAGAUCAAAAAGUCCCCACUAACCAUCUGCUUUCCUGAGUACACAGGCCCCAGUGCCUUCACAGAAGCUGUGGCUUACAUCCAGGCACAGUAUGAGAGCAAGAACAAGUCAGCCCACAAGGAGAUCUAUACUCACGUCACCUGUGCCACGGACACCAACAACAUCGAGUUUGUCUUUGACGCUGUGACGGACGUCAUCAUCGCCAAAAACCUGCGGGGCUGUGGACUCUACUGAGCUCCAGCCCCCGACCCAGUUGCCCAUACCCUGCCCAGCCCGCCACCCACUCCUGCCCUGGAACCAGAACUCUGCCACCUCUCAAACCACUCUGUGCACUGUGGAAGAAGAACCUAGAGCUGGCCCUGGGGGUGGGGGGAGCAUCUUUCAUGCACCCCUACCUCUCUGCCUCCAAUAGCAGGCAGUGGUAACAAGCCGGGCAGGGUGCUGAACACCACACACAAGGCAGGAGACCACCCCACCCCACCCAGUGUCACGCCUCUAAGUGCUAUAUUUGGGGUGGGAGUGCUGGGGGGUGGGAGUGGACACAGCCGCCGUCUGGCACAGAAUGGAUGUGUUCUGCUCUCCUUGACUUGACUCGUACUCAAAGUCCUGGGGUCUCCUUCUGUCACUUGGGGUGCUGGCAGGGUGGAGCAGUAGAAGCCAUCCCUCAGCCUUGCCUGGGGUUUCUCUAACCAAGAGCAGUUCCGUCGCCAUCAGCCAGGACCAAAGCAGGCCAGCUUUGUGGGGUGAGAAGGUUCAGGCCUUGGCAAGGACCUCCCUCCUUACCGUGGUCUGCGCCUCCUUUCUCUAAUCAUCGCUUUUGUCCAUUGGUGUCCUUAGAAAUCCUAGCCUUGACUCCCGCUAGGCCUGGAAAUGCUCUUGAGACUGGCUGACAUCCAAGUGGAUGGUUGGAGACUCAAGGCCGCACGCACAGAAGUUGGGGUGGGAGGGAGCCAAGGGUGGCAGUGGUCCCAUUGCCUGUUCUGGAGCACCCCAUCCCUGCAGGUCCAUUCCACGUGCCACACUAACCCCAGCUCUGCUGCUCCCCGCAAGAGGGGAUAGUGGGUGUGCUUUUCUUCAAGAUCCUGCAAGCCCAGCUCAAGCCAGCUGGGGGCAGUAGAGGUUUGGGGACUGGGGUGCUUGUACGUGGAGGCCCAGGGGAGGUGUGGAGCAGGUCCUCCACCUGUAGCCCAUUUCUCUUUGGUCUCAAUCAAAAAGUCCUUGGGGUCCUCCCAGCCACCAGGGCAGAGGAGGGUCGGUAGAAGGGCCAGUGCCCUGGGUGUGAGCUGUGAGGCCUGGCUACACAGGGAUGGCACUGCCAGCCCUGGGAGGGACUUUACUGAAGAGGUCUAAGCAGAAAAGGGUGGAUUGGUAUUUGGUGCCCCUGGACCUGGCUGGCCUUGGGCUCCCUCACACUCCCAGGUGCCUCUGAUUGGCUGGUGCCACAGCAGACAGCCCGCGAUGGCCUGUAGAUCCUGUGGCAGGCUGUGUCUGGGAAUGCAGGUGCGCUACGGGAGGGGAGAGCUGCCUCCUCAAGCCCUGUGUUCUCCUGGGUCAGUCCCAGGCGAGGCCCCUCGGCUCCCCUGUGCAGCUUCUGGCCUGCCCAGUCACAGGAAGAUUCCUAUGCCAACAGCUCUCCCUUGGUUCUAAUAGGUGCAGAGCUCUGGUGGUGCUGGAAGACCCAGGGACCCUCCCUAGUGCCAAAUUUCCACGGGGAACCUUCCCUGGUGCCUGUGGGCUUGGCCCCUGCUCUGGCUGCCUUGGCUACUGCCCAAGUCCACUUCUGGUUUAUUCGCCUCCAUCAUUUUCUUACCAUGUACCAGGUGCUGGGAUGUGGCAGAGGACAGGUCUUUGGAGCCAACAGCCUGAAUGUCCUGCUGUGGGCAGCUAAGGCCAGUUAACAUCAAAGACGUGGCAUUUAUUUCCCACAGUUACCACUCUGCAGUGUGGCCACUUGUGUCCCCAACCCUGCCCCAGACUAUGGCCAGAUUCUAAAUCACUUGGCAAGAGGUGGGUGUUGGCCAUCUUAUCUCUAAUGCCAUUGCCCAAAAGGCAGAAAAUCACUGUCCCUGUCACCCCAGGGCGCCCCAUCCCCAUUCCUCCAAUGCUCACAGGCAGCAGAGCAGCCAGAGCCCCAGGCCUUUCCCAUCUGCACAGCUGGGGUGGGGACUAGGGGCUUUGCACCUUCCCAUCCUCCCAUCUCCCCCACGCUCUCUCCUCUGCAGGGCUCUGGCCUGUUGGAUAUUGUACACUGGUCUCAGCCUGCCCAGGCUGUCUGAUGUGAGUCUCGAGGAAAGGGGGUUCUGGGUGUCACCAGCAGCUCUACAAUAGGGGAACAUCUGAAUUUUGGCCCCGUCGUGACUAUGGGUGAGGGGAAGUGUGGUGAGUGGCCGGACAAGGGUGGACCCCCCAAGGGGCCAUGCCAUCCACUCUGAAUAGUUGCUAAUUUAGUGGGCCAGGGAGACCUGGUUUCUAGGACAUGUGGCUUCACUUCUGUCCCCAGUGCCUUCCUGCCGAGGCCUCACAGUGGUCCCCGAGGUUGUCUGGCCUGACUGGUGAACUAAGGGUUCGGAGGAAGGGCUCUGUGUGCAGUCUGCCCAGCCUGGCCUUCUCCUGCACCCAUCACCUCUGCCUGCCAGUUCCCUGCCCCCAGCCCAGCCACACCCCCCACUGGUGGGAACCUGGGGCACCCUGGCCUGCAUGGACUGCACUGGGCAGCACAGGGUCCCCAGCCUUGCCAUCUGCGGAGAGGUCUUGCAGUGGGAAACGAACCCACCUGCUGCUGCCAUCAGCCCACCUCAGGCUCUAGACAUUCUCCCUCACCCCUGCCUGAGCCUGCCUGACGCCCUCUUCCUACUCCAUAUCACACCCAGAGCGUGACUGAAGGAGCUCAAACCCUUCCUCUCAGAUCCUACCCCCCUGAAAAGCCGGGGGCACUGAGCCUCUUCCAGGGGCGUCUGCUGAGUCCUGAGCCUCCUGUGCCUCCAAGCAUCUAAAGACCUGAGGUGCCAUGGCCGCCAGCGAUUCAGUCUGUAUGUCAAAGCCGAGCACCCCCUAGACAGCUCCCCCUCCGCUAAAUAAACUUCUUGCUUAUUCACCUCCAUCAUUUUCUUACUUUGUGCCAGAUGACAGGUUCUCAGGCUUCAAAGUAGGGGGCCAGCAGCCUUGGGAAUGGGACAAGGGAAUGGGGUCUUAGUAGGGCUGCUAGGCCCACAUCCUUCAGUGGGGAGAAUACUGAACCCACCUUGCCCAGACCAGUCCACCCUAGACAGAUGAUGUUCCCUGACCAAACAGAAAAUGAGGCAGGUUGAGCCAAAAGCAGGAAGCAUGGCCUCCAGUCCAAAGUCCUAAGCUCCCAUCAGAGAGAGGCUCCCCAGGCCCAGUGCACAAAGACCACCAGUGUAAACCUGAGCCCUGCCCAGCGUCUCCCGGGCGCUGCUCCCGCAGCCUCCACCACCACCAGCCCCCGCCUUCCUUCACUGCCCCAUCUGCCCUGCAGCUCGCGCAGUGGAGCCUCACUCCUGGCCUCUGCCCUGUCCAUCCAGUCUGCGCCUCCUUUCCCCCAAGCCCAGUCCCCUGCAGCCCAUGUGCUCUGUCCUAUCCCAGAAGAAGACCAGACUCCCCACACCCUCCUUAGCAGAGCCUUUCCAGGGGCACUGGUCCCACCUCCUGACCCGCCGCCCCCACCCCUUAUUAACUGUAAUUUUGUAAGAAGAGUGACUCGUUGGUUUAAUAAAUUGCUAGUUAUUGUAAUAA